AUGGAUCUGCAAACUGAAAAGUGCGAUAAUGUUUUAACAAAUAAUGACUUUCAUCAGUACACGCUUUAUGAUGUCACAGUUGAUCCAGGUCUAAAAGACGAUGAUGGAAAUGAAUUACCAAGACCCUUUAACAAAAAUCAAAUGAGAAAAUGGUUAAAAAAAGUUAGAUGGGAGAAACACAAAUUUGAAAAGCGUAGUAAGGAAAAGGCAAGAGCAAAAGAGAGAAAAAGGGAAGCUCGUGCAGCAAAUAUAGAUUUAGGUCCAAAUAGGAAAAUGUUGAAGAAAAUGAAGUUAGAGAAAAAUAAAAGUCUUAUAGGAGUGAUAUUAGAUUUAAGUUUUGAUCAUUUAAUGAGCGAAAAAGAUAGGUAUAAAGUUAUAAAGCAACUUCUCAGAUGUUAUUCAAUUAAUAGAAGAUCAGAUUCUCCACUUCAGUUUCAUGUAACUAGUUUUGGAGAAAAAACAAAAGUUGAUAUUUCUCGACACAAUGGUUAUGAGAACUGGGAUAUUGAAUACCAUGAAAAGUCAUACAUAGAUAUUUUUCCUAAGGAAAAGUUGGUUUAUCUUACAAGUGAAUCAGAAAAUGUUAUUGAAAAGUUUGAGGAAGAUAAUUUAUACAUCAUUGGGGGCUUAGUUGACCAUAAUCAGCAUAAGGGACUUUGUUAUAAGAUAGCAGUUGAACAAGGUAUCAGACAUGCUCAGUUACCACUUGCCAAAUAUGUGGACAUGAAGACAAGGAAAGUUUUAACAAUUGAUCAUGUUUUUGAAAUUAUAUUACGGGUGUCUGAAGGAAAACAGUGGGAUGAUGCUCUUCUGAAAGUUUUACCGUUGAGAAAGGGGGCACAUCUUUACCAUAGUAGUUCUGCAUCAAGCUUAGAACAAACUGGCCAAUGUGAUGACAAUAGCCUGUAA